CCGUAAAUUAGGGAAUAAAGGCGGUGUUUUAUCAAAGUUUCAACGUUCGCCACCCCCUGCGUUAUGGUGAGCGCCGGCGUGCGUUCGCCACUGAUAUAAAGGGACCCGUUCUUGACGUUAAACAGUCUCAUCGAAACAUUUCCCUUAGUUUCAACAGGUAAAUACACAUAUUUCGGUAGUGGUGCAUCAACUGCAUUCCCUCAUCAACGUGAAAAUGAGGUUGACAGCCAUAAGAUGGAUCGCAAUGAUUGUGGCCAUAGCCAUGAUGGAGGGAAACUGGGUGAAAGCCGCUCCCAGGCCCAGAAACGAGGACAUGUUCAGGGAGUUGAUGAAACUCGAUCAGAUGUAUUCGGCAAUAGCCAGACCAAGUGUGCGCAGCGGACCCAUAGAUGCAGAAAUGGGUCCAAAAGUGCAGCGUGCCAUCAACAUGCUAAGGCUGCAGGAGCUAGAUCGACUCUAUGCCGACAGGGCCAGGCCGAGGUUCGGUAAGCGCACGGAUACGAAUUCCAAUUUUGCACCGGUUGACUACGAGGGCCAGUUUCAAAACGACGACGUAGGUGACUGGCUGCCUGUUAGAAGAUGAAACAAUAUAAUGUUGUUAAGUGAUGUUUUCUUCAGUCUUCAAGCCUAGUAGACAAUCACUUCUAGUUAAAAACAUGUUUUCCGUUUUCAUUACUCAAGCAAAUAACUUGUAUUACUUUUUGCCCAAAUAUAAAUUAUCAUGAUUUAAUAAAGCGUGUGUGUGGCCUAUUCUAA